AUGGGAUUGAUAAAAGUCUGUCUCAAAAACGCCACAACAGCUCUAGUUGGAUAUUCUGUCAUCUCUGCAUCGCAAGAGGCUCAAAUAUGGCAAAGCAUUGACCAACAAGACCCGAUCUUCAAAAUCGUCAAACGCCCGAUUUACUGUGGCAUUUCAUUUUCCUGCCUUACUCUUCUCUUUUCCGGGAAUCCGAUAAAAAGUAUUCUUUUUGGCUUUUGGUUCGGCGCAUUUUCAGCUGUGCUCGGAUACAAUGAAGUGAAAAAGCUAGAAUCAAAGGGCGCGUUUUUCUCUGCUUUCGGGCACAAGCCGCUUACGGCUGAUGAGCAACGAGAAUUUCUAGUGAAACAAGAGGAAGAUGUUAGAAACGCGAUCCGCGAACAUUCUGACGGAGAGCUUGAAUCGACGGAUAUCUCGAAGCAAAUGGAUAAAUAUGUUCAAUCUAAAAAAGACUCUUAA